CUCACUUCGGCUAAGCUCACAGUUCACUCGUGAGAAGUCGCACAACUUCGGCAAAGAGAAAACAGGAGGUAGAAUCAUCACAUUUUUUCUGCAGCAGCUGAUGCAGGGUAAAAUGCUGAAAGUGCUUACUCUUCUGCUUGCUGCAGUAGCACCAUACGGCUCCUGUACAUCGUUGGAGCUUCAGUUCACCCCACAAGAUCUGACUCUGUUGAAAGGGGCAUCUACUAGUAUUCUUCUGUCCCUAAAGAAAUCACCUGACAAUGCAACUAUUGAAAUCUCUGCAGAUCAUGCAGAUCUGGUAUACAUUUAUCCAUCCACCAUAACUGUUAUUGAAGGGAAUGUAUCUGAGGCAUGGACUGUGAAUGUGACAGCUGUGGACGUUGGUCGAGCACUUGUUGCAGCAAAUACAUCUAGCUCAUUAAUUGAUGUAACUGAAGCCUUCGUGAGGCUCACUAUUCAGCAUUCAGAUUUCCUUUAUCAUGCCAGCAUUGUCGUUGGAUGGGUAUAUUUUGCAGCUUGGUCGAUAUCUUUCUAUCCACAAAUAUACAUUAAUUGGAAGAGGAAGAGUGUUGUGGGUCUCAAUUUUGACUUUCUGUCAUUGAACAUACUUGGUUUUAUUUUAUAUUCACUUUUCAACUGCGGUCUGUAUUGGAUUCCUGAGGUGGAGGAGGAAUACUUCAAACUUUAUCCUAAAGGACUGAAUCCUGUACAAGUAAAUGACAUCGUAUUUGCCCUUCACGCAUCAUUUGCGACAUUCAUCACCAUAGUUCAGUGCUUCAUCUAUGAACGAGGUGACCAAACAGUUUCCAUCACGGCACGUGUUAUACAUGGCAUAUUUGCACUUUUCUUGUUCAUAAGUGUAAUCCUUGCAGCUACGUUGGUCAUUACUUGGCUUGACUUUCUUUAUUAUUGUUCCUACGUUAAACUGGCUAUUACUCUUAUAAAAUAUGUUCCACAGGCUUACAUGAACUACAAACGCAAGAGCACAGUGGGGUGGAGCAUUGGAAACAUCUUGCUGGAUUUCACUGGAGGAAUGCUGAGCAUGCUGCAAAUGAUUUUUAAUGCCUACAACUACAAUGACUGGAAUUCGAUAUUUGGAGAUCCUACAAAAUUUGGGCUGGGUCUUUUCUCCGUGAUAUUUGAUAUUUUCUUCAUUAUACAGCACUAUGUGCUUUACCGAACCCGUGGAUAUGAAGUCGUGGCCGGGACCACCACCACCUCAUCCAGUACUGAACCAAUUAGUGCAUGAGAGUGCACUAGCUCAUAAAUUCGAGGUGUGAUCAUUUUAGUUUUACUUGCUUGAUCAUGAUUAAUUUUGAAUUAAUCUCAGUAUUAAUGCAAAUUCUAACUGCACUUAUGAUGACUCUCAAGAAGUAUUGCAAGUGUCUAAUGUGAUGUGAAUUAUUUAAUUGCUGUGAUCUCUCAAAAUAUUUUAUACGUGAAUAUUUCAUUAUUACCACAUAUCAGACAAUUAAAUUGUAGUAAUUUAGGGCUCAUGAUAUUUAUUUAGUUGACAUUGUUAGUUUCUUGAAUUUAAAAUUAGAGCGUUUUUGUGGAUCUGAUACUUCAGUUUUUAUAUGAAUUUAUUGUACAUUACUAGGUAAUAUCUGUUUGAAAUAAUGUGCCACUGAUGUUUAUUAUGGAAAAAAAAUAUUGUGUGUAGGGUACGAAAAAUGUGCUGCAUUGAAGUUCCUUAGUUUUUUCAAACUAGUAUUCCUUUGUGAUGUAUGUAGCCACAUAAGGUGACUGUUGAAUGUAUGUGAGUUGUGUUUGUGCAAAUUAUGAUAGUUUCAUUAAGACAAGAGAAUUGAUGGUGCUAAAUUUUUCAUGUAAUCUUGACUACUGGAUAUCAUUGUAUUCCAGAAUUUAAGACUGAACGUGAUGACUAAAGCCCAGAUUUCUCAGCACAAUAAAAUAGUAAAAUAAGUGGGAAACAUGUUGAAAAUAAGCAAAAAUGAAUAUGCACAAAAGAUAGUUUCACAGAACUCUAAUCUUAUUGAAAGCUGUUACAGUACACAAAGGAGGUCAUCAUGGGAUUUUCUUAUGUAAAACUCCUGCAUCAAUAGGUGAAGAAUGAUUUGUACAGUGAAAUGUUGUUUCAGUGUCACGUGACGUGAUAGGUGCAUAUGGAAAACACCAUAGUUCUUCUUUGGUGAAUUCCUCUUCAGUGUUUGUUUCUUCACCAGAAAUUUUUUUUAAAAUUUGGCACAGUGUUUUGCAACCAUAAUUUUUCUUUAGCACCUGAUUAAGUGUCUCAAAUGCAAGUUUUGCAACCCUGUGUGUUUCUGAUGACAAUGUGAUUAAAAUUUUAUGUAUCAGAAAAACUUAAUGCUCCAAGGAAUUAUUUCGAGUUUCCAGCUGCUUUAAAAUAUCAGAUAUUUUGGAGAAAUGAUUAUGGAUGUACUGUAUCUUUUCGUGGGUGCCUUUUUUAGCUAAACAUUCUUGUACUGUGGCAAGACUGACUGCAUCUUCUGCAUUUAGGCAAUUCAAAACAUUUUUCACUUCCCUGAAAUGUUUUGCAUAGUAUAACACAGCCUGUAACCACAAUCCCUACAGAGUUAAAACUGGCUUAGGAGGUAAAACCCAAUUUAGGAGUUCACAGAAGUUUUGAGUUCUAUUUGGUGACUUGACAAACACAUUCUUCGCACUAGAAACAAAAUCUUCACAUCAUUAUACUGACUUCAGACAGUUUCAGCAGUAGAAAUUAAUAUUCUUUCAUGGUUCAAUGUAUUUCAAAUUUCUCCUUGAAAACACUGUUGUGUAUAGUUUUGGUGCAACCUAGUUUGUCCAGUACCCUUUUGUUUGUGUAUUUUUCUAAAAGGCACAAGUCUUUGAAAAAUGUGUCUCUACAACUCAAUUGUUUGACAACAUUGCUUUUAAUCAGUGGUUGGUUUAACUUACAUUUAUUCCUAAACUUCUUUUUAAGCCACGUGGCAUUUUUGUGCUGCAUAAUGUCAUAUUUUUUAUUUGCAGAAACACUCUUUUCAUUCACCAUACAAAAUAAGACACUACCGGUCUUAAAAUAAAACAUUUCUUCCAAACACAUUUGUUUAUGCACUUGCAUAAGAAUGCUGAUUUAGAGGUUUUUGUGGGUGACAUUCCCUAAUUACAACAGUGAGCAACAGUGCAUACUUGAACUAAUGGCUGAUGCACAACACACUGCAUCUUUGAACACGCGGAUUCACCAUCCAUGAGAAUGACAUCACCUGAUGAGGUAACUGACCAAUGAAGUGAUGUUUAACCUGCCCAAUUCCAGCAAGUUUUUCUCCUUGCAGUAUUAUAUGCUAGGAGCAUCUUGGCUUUAUCUUACCAUUGCUUUCUUACACAUUCAACCAAAGUUAAUUUUUAAAAAGCCAAUAAAUAAGAAAAUCAUUGAUUGAUAAAUGACAGCUUGGGGGUGAGGUGGGAUAUGCACUUUUAAAAAUCACAGUUUUCAUUAACAAGCUGUUUUAAUUAAAAAUUCUAAAAUAAGUAAACAAAAACAUUUUCUUGCAACAUAGUUAAAACUGAUUAUCUAGGAAUGUCUUAUGACAUACAACCUUUCUACUUGUCCUUAAAAGUGUGGAAAAAAAUUAUGCAUUUUGCUUAGAAAUUUGGGCUUUCAGAAAUUGAGAUUAGAUCACACAAUGGCAGCUCACACACACGAUCACUGUCUUUGGCUGCUGGGGCCAGAGCCUGGCCACGGCUGCCAGAGGCUGUGGUCAUGUAUGCCUGAGCUGCAUUUGCGUGAAUGUGUGAGAGUAUAUUGUCUAUUUCGAAAGAAGACCUUCUGGCCAAAAGCUUACAUGUUUAGUAGUCUUUCCAUUGUACUUGUGCAUGACUCAACGUCUCUGUUAUAUGGUGAGCAGCAGUCUACCCUUUUCAUAAUAUUUCAUUAUUCCAUCUUGGAUUUUCCAUUGUUUGAUAUAUAUUUUUCUUGAUCAGUAGUAGUCUAUCCUUUUCAUAAUAUUUCAUUAUUCCAUCUUGGAUUUUCCAUUGUUUGAUAUAUUUUUUUCUUGUCCUAAGGGUGUCCUUAAAGUGAGUGGCUGUACAGAUCAAAUGAGAGCAUGUAUAAUUUAAGAUUUGUGUUCCAAUCUUCUUGUAUUGACAACUCAGUAAUGAACUGUCUUUGUGUAACCUUUUGUUUUAGGUAUUGUUUUGUAUAUGAGUGGGAUAACAAUGAUGUGAAAUCAGGUCAAAUGUGAUAGAUAUGUAGUGACCUUAGAGAAAAAGCUGUGAGCAGUGAACGGUAUUGGCAAGUUCCUAGGCUUUUAAUAAGACAUUCUAUCAAGAGUUCAAAGGCUGUAGUGUAGAGACACAUUCCACAAGUUCACUUUUCCAAAUUCUAAAGAGGCAUUCAGUAAGAAGGUGAAGAAACCAUCACAGUAGUUCAGUUUGCUCAUUGUUGAUAGAUGAGUUCGGUACUCAAACAUGACUGAAUGUCAAACAACUGUUAGGGCCAUGCUUCACAAAUGUGCUUGUUUCCAUAAUGCAUAUGUUGAUAUUGCAAAGAUUACUUUUGUGGCCUAUGUUCUUUCCUAGUCAUUGACUGUUUAUUCAUAUUAUGUUUUUAUGUAUUUAUACAGUGUCCAAUAUUUAUUUAUACACUCACAGAUUAUAUCAUAAACAGCAAAUGUACAGUUUCUGAAAGACUGAUGAUAUGUCUUGUUUGUUACUUUUAAAGACAAAUCUUUGUAGCAAGUUAUUUAUUUAUUGUUUUUUAAUUUGUAUCUUGCCUACACCACUUAUCCUUACAUUCAAUGUAUAUAAUAUGUCGUAAGGGAGGAUGGGGAGGGUUGUGACACUUUUCCUUUUAAUCUUUUUAUUCCAAAUAUUGUUCUUUGGUUAUUUCUAAACUAAAAACUUUAUUUUUUAUUUUUUACACAACAAUAUAUUUAUAGCAAGUACAAAUAAAUUUAUAAUACCUUGCAUUCUGUCUACAGACGGAGACUUUGGGACAGUGGACUGAGAGGUUUGGGACACAUACAAGUGCCACAUAUGAAAAUACACACUAAUCAAAUAUAAACGAAAAAAAUGAACUGCACUGAUACAAAUUACAAUGAUUAUUUUUUGAGUGAGUUCUUAUCACACAUUCUGAAAUCUAUUCAAAUUUUUUUCUGGAGGAAACAGUCUCAGUUCUCUUCUUUCGGGUCUUCCUUUCUUCAGUGGGCUCUGAAAGACAUGAACAAUAUCACCCUUGCUGACAUUAGAAAUGUCAUCUACUCAGGACAUAUAAAUUCACAACUAGUAUGUUUCUUUCUCAAAAAUACAAUUUCACAGUCCUCACUGAGAAUGUUUUGUGCGCCCCACAUAAUGAAUGUGAUUUAGUUUUGUGGCAAAUAAACAAGCACAUACGAGGUGUGAUUAGAAAGUUGGAUCCGCUACUGCUUACUGGUUUGGCAGGCUUGUACACGGAGGGUGGGGAGUGAGUCAUUGCCUUGUUCGUGAAUUCCCUCUGACAGGAAACUUAUGUUUCCUUUAUUCAGUUCGUUGUAGCAGCUGGUGAGUGCGGGUCUGUUAUGGCAUGUUGCCACAUUUUGUCUGGGUGAAAAUGGACGUAAAAACGGAGCAACGAGCUUUUGUAAAAUUUUGUUUUAAAACUGAGAAAUCAGCUUCUGAGACUUACAAACUAUUAAAAUCAGCUUUUGGAGAUAAUUGUAUGAACCAGUCAAAUAUUUUUGUCUGGUUCAGCAGAUUUAAAAAUGGCCGUGAAUCAUUUGAAGAUGAACCAUGGUACAACCAUCCUUCCACCUCAAAAAUGAAUGAAAGUGUUGUGAAAGUUUACGACUUAGUGCACGCUGAUUGUAGACUUACAAUUAGGGAGAUGCUUGAUGAACUUAAAUUAAGUUUCUAUGCAGUUCAGUCAAUUUUAACUGAAGAGCUGAACGUGUGUCGAGUGUGUACAAAAUUCAUUCCAAAGGUGUUGUCAAGUGACUAGAGACAAUGCCGACCUGAUUGAUUGGACUGAAAAUGACCCAGAUUUGUUAAAUAGGGUCAUUACAGGUGACAUAUGUGGGUGUAUGGAUAUGAUACUGAAACCAAAGUGCAGUCUUUGCAGUGAAAGACUCCAGGUUCACCACGACCAAAAAAGCACAGCAAAGUCGGUCAAAGGUGAAGACACUGUUGCUGCUUUUUUUUCCAAUUCUACUGGUAUUGUGCAUCAUGAAUUUACCUCGGGAGGACAGACAAUUGACCAGGGAUACUACAAAUGUGUCCUUGAGCGUUUGCGCGAAAAGGUGCAGAAGAAAAGGCCUGCAUUGUGGAAAGACAGGAGUUUUGUGCUACACCAUGACAAUGCUCUGGUUCAUCAUGUCUUCUCCAUCGUUGAAUUUUUGACCAAAUUCUCUUUCGUAAACUGAAAUUUUCACUGAAAGGGAUGCGAUUUGGCUAGAUUGAAGACAUUCAGGCAAAUACAGAGAGUGUCCUUAACACACUUCAGGCAAAAAAUUUCCAGGAAUGUUUCCAAAAGUGGAAACACUGUUGGAGUCUGUGUGAUCAGUCAGAAGGGGCUUUUUUGAAGGAGAUGCAUUACAGUAGCAUGUAAGUACCACCACUGUACAAUUACAAGCUCGUUCUUAAAACUUUCCAAUCACACCUCAUACUUUCCCUUAGGUAUUUCCUCUCCUUGUUCUGAAUCUGAGGGCAUUUCAAAAAUAUCACUGCUGUCAUCACAUAAUUCAUCCACAUUUUCACUGCUGCUUUAAUGAGUAAACUUCUUCUCUUAACAUUCUUGUUGUUUGUUUACCUUUUCAUAAGCUCUUCUUCUAUGCUGAUUUUUUUCUGUGGUAUCUGUCAGUAUGUGACUUUUUGCUCGGAAAGGAGCUUUUGAAAAUGGCCAUAUCUCCUCAGGUGAUACAAUUCAAUCUGAAGUGUCUGUGUCUCUUGAUUCUGCUUGCUGUUUGCUGGUAGUUGAGCUGGAGUCCACAGCAGUUUCAAAUGCUGGUAUGAUGCCCUUCAUUAAGGUCAAUCAGUUACACUUGAACCUAUAAAGUCUUGCCUCAGAAAAUAUCCCUGAAUCAAAAUAACUGACGCCACUCUUCUUAAAACCUGAAAAUAUGUUUCUUGGUGAAAAUGCCUAAGUGAUUGCACUGGUGCAUAAUGCAGCUAUGUCAUAUAUAGAAAUGGUUUUUCCAGGGUUAACAUCCAAGAGUCACCAGCAGUGUUGUAAUAUUUCUUCAUGGGCCCGAACACAGAUACAUCCAAAGGCUGCAGUUUAUGCCUACAAUGAGGAACCAGUGUGUGAAUUUUAAUGUGGUUCUCUUUGCAAAAAGUUUGGGGUAAGAAAUGUGCUAUCAUGGUUGUCAAAUAUAAGAAGUACUUGGUUUUAUGCUGCUGGAGAAGCGCAUUUCGGGAAACGAUGCAAGUAAUCUAUAAAAUUACUGGCAUUCAUCCAUCCUGAAGGAUUUGCAGAACCUCAAGAUCUGGGUAGAGAACCACUUCUCUUUGAGGUGGACUCUAGGAAAAAAUUUAAUGUGGUGGAAUGAACAUUCCACUAGCUGGAAUUGUUUCACAAAGCUACCAAUGUACCUCUUCCUGUUGAUGUUGCCUGGUUCAUAUGCUUGCUUCCUCUUUGAGCAAUUACAUUUUGUGGUGUUUACACAGUAGUUAAGGCUGUCUCAUCAUAAUUAUAUGUGAAGUUUGACUGAAAAUGGUAUCUUUUUAAAGCAGAUCUCAAGUUAUCAGUAAGUUCUCCGACAUUCUUUUUAUUGAAACUUGUCCCACGAGAAAGACUAGUAGCUUCUGGUUUCCACAGUCACAGUCUUUUGUUUCAUGUCAUAAAACUUCUCAUCCAAUCUUCUCCUGAUAUUUUAUUAGCUGUCCAGCCUUUGGGUACUGAGUGAAAUUUUCCAUUUGCGACAGCAAACUCAUAUGCAAGCUUCCUAGGUGCAAUUCAAUUUAAUCCAUGAUUCAAUUUGACAGAUGUAAUUAGAUACUGAGCUAGCAUGGACUCUUCUUCAUUCGUGACGACUCGUGAAUGAUUAUACAGAGAACUGUAUUUCUCAAUAUGAUUGAAUUUACUAGCAUGAUCUGCUGCAUACACCAAUAGGGUUGAUUUAGGUAUUCCAUACAUUUUUGCUGUCUCUUGCAACCUUCUGCCAUUUUUCAGUGCUUAAAUGACAAAUUGUGUUGCUUCCUUGUACAGUGGCUGUCUGACUGUUCUUUUGUUGUAGGCAAGCUCCCAAAACAAACUGUAAACAGUAAAGGAAUAUAAACUUUUAAUAAGGAUGGGUUGGGACAGUAGUGACCCAACCCUUCAUUGGUUACCAUUUUUCUAUUUGAUACUAAAAUACUGGAUUUCAUAUAUGUAAUGACGAAAAAUUUUAUUACAUUCCAAAGAUAAACUAAUGAGGAAUUUACAAUAAGGCAUGCACUUCAGUAAAUUUAGUUACUUCACCGUCUAUUGACUUUGGAAGUACCACAAUUUUUGGAUGGUGAAAUUCAUGUUAACUUACCAUCUAAAAUCAAGUCAAUUGGUGAAAUUUCACUAUGGCAGUUAUAAACAGUUGAAAGUCAAAGAUAAUGGAAGGGAACUGAGUCAGUGAUACCAACAAUAAAGUUUUAAAGUAAAUGUCCCAAACUUCCCCCUGUCCCAACUCUCCCCAUCAUCCCAUACUCUCAUUUUUGUUGUGUCCAAAUGAGGAGAAUUGUGAUAUGUAAUGCCUAUAACCUCUUAAAAAGUACCUGCACCUACACAGUUACGGAUUUUGCAGUUGGUGCAUUGCUUGUAAUUUUCUCUCACAAUUGUAUAAGAAAUAUUUAUUCAAAAUGUACAAGCCUGUUAAUUAUUUUUUCUAAAUAAUGUUUGAACUAAAUGUGAAUUAUAUUUGAAUUACCAUGUGACUUCAUUGCACAUGUUGACAGUUGAGUCAAACAGUCUUCCAUUGUUGAAAAUAUAGACUGCCUUCCUCAAGGACAAGGUUAGAUUUUGUGUUACAAAGUUGAUGAGGAAGGAGAUGGGUGAGGUAUAAGAGUUAGUCAACAGAGAGGAAUUUAGAAUUGAAGGCACACUGUUUAACAGGUAUGGUAUGCGCUUGUUUUUUUUUUUUUAUAUGUUGGUAAAAGAUGAAUUCUAAUGCCCUGCUGAACACUGAGGUGAAGCUGCCAUGUGAUACUGUUGUUGAGCAGACCACUACUGAUGUAGUGAAAGAUCUGAAAGUGCUUUGUUAACCAAACCAGUUAAAGGCAAAGUCUGCACUGGUUUUAAAUGUUAUUUUGAAAACUUUGUGUCAGUUGCUAUUUUUAGAAUAAUAUGGUAUCUGUUUAAUAACUUAAUAUAUCUUUAUUCGUAUGAGUAAUUGUUCUCUCCAAGUCUGCAGUGCCUUAUCAUGUGACAGAUACAUACAACAUACUGUUUAUUUAAAAAGAAGUGGUUCUGCUUUAUGUUAUGUGAAAAUAUUGAUGAGUAUAAGAAAUUGGUUGGCAGGGAGGGGUGGGGGGCUGGAUUAAAUAAAAUAGAAUAGAAAACCCACGAGCAACUGAAGCUCAUUUGGAAUAGUUAGUAGAACAGAUUGAAAUUUUUGAAUGAUUGAUUCCUCUGCAGACACGUCCAUUCCUAAGAGUGCUAGGUGUGUUCAAGUCCCAUAGCAUUUUUUUCCAAAUAGUAAGUCAUAUAUGUACCAAGUUUGGUUGAAAUUGCUCCAAGGGUCCGAGAGUUAUGUUGGAACAUAUGAACAAAAAUGGAUAUGUAUGUAAGAUAUAGUUUCAGCUGUACAAGUAUUUUUUUUCCUUUUCACAUUCACACUGAAGUGUACAUCAGUGUACAAUCAGUCACAUUUGUUUCUUAUCUAUGUAAAUUUGUAUUUUAUUUGGAAACUUUUAAAUAAAACAUUGUCCAAUAAUGAAA